AUGGCUAAUUGUUUGAAGUCUUCUGCUCUGUUAGUUCAAAAGGCCUCAAAUUUAACUUUUAAAUAUGGUAUCCGCCCGACUAUUGCAUCUAGAAAACUUCAUAUUACUCCAAAUCCCGGAUCAACUAAAUCUGGAGAGAUUUCAAGGGAAUAUCCUGUCAUCGAUCAUACGUAUGAUGCCUUAGUCGUUGGAGCUGGUGGUGCUGGACUUCGUGCAGCCUUCGGUUUGGUUGACGAGGGUUUUAAGACGGCAGUAAUUACGAAACUGUUUCCUACCAGGUCUCACACCACUGCAGCCCAGGGUGGAAUAAAUGCUGCUUUGGGAAAUAUGGAAAGUGAUGAUUGGCAUUGGCACAUGUACGAUACAGUCAAAGGAUCUGAUUGGUUGGGAGACCAAGACGCUAUCCACUACAUGACUAAAUAUGCUGGACAAGCUGUUAUUGAGCUGGAAAAUUAUGGAAUGCCUUUUUCAAGAACUAAAGAAGGUAAAAUCUAUCAAAGAGCUUUCGGUGGCCAAAGCUACAACUACGGAAAGGGUGGACAAGCACACAGAACUUGUGCCGUAGCUGAUAGGACAGGACAUUCACUACUUCACACCCUUUAUGGCCAAUCUUUGAGAUAUAAUUGUAAUUAUUUCAUUGAGUACUUCGCUAUGGAUCUUCUGAUGGAUGGUGACAAAUGUGUCGGAGUAAUAGCGUUAUGUCUUGAAGAUGGCACACUUCACAGAUUCAGAGCUAAAAAUACUGUAAUAGCUACAGGCGGUUAUGGAAGGACUUACUUCUCGUGUACCUCGGCCCAUACUUGUACAGGUGACGGAAUAGCAAUGGUGAACAGAGCAGGACUUCAGUCGCAAGAUUUGGAGUUUGUACAGUUCCAUCCCACAGGAAUUUAUGGUGCUGGAUGUCUGAUCACUGAAGGUUGUCGUGGUGAAGGAGGUUUCUUGGUCAAUUCUCAGGGUGAAAGAUUUAUGGAAAGGUAUGCUCCUGUUGCCAAAGAUUUGGCUUCAAGAGAUGUCGUUUCUCGAGCCAUGACAAUGGAAAUCAGAGAGGGCAGGGGAGUUGGUCCAGAUAAGGAUCACGUGUUCCUUCAAUUGCAUCACUUGCCACCAGAGCAGUUGGCUUCUCGCCUUCCUGGAAUAUCCGAGUCUGCGAUGAUAUUUGCGGGUGUUGAUGUUACCAAAGAACCUAUUCCUGUAAUCCCAACUGUACAUUACAAUAUGGGUGGGGUACCAACCAACUACAAAGGCCAGGUGAUUGUUCACCGAAAUGGUGCCGACAAAAUUAUUGAAGGUCUCUAUUCUUGCGGAGAAUCAUCCUGCUCGUCAGUCCAUGGUGCUAACAGGCUAGGUGCUAAUUCACUUUUGGAUUUAGUAGUUUUUGGAAGAGCAUGCGCCAAAACAAUUGCUGAAGAAAACAAACCUGGUGAAUCACAGCCUGAACUAAAAUCGAAUCAUGGUGAAGACUCUGUUGCUAAUUUGGAUGCACUUCGCUUUGCUGAUGGUCAAUUGAGCACUGCACAGAUUCGGCUGACAAUGCAGAAGGCCAUGCAAAGGGAUGCAGCUGUAUUUAGGACCGCAGAAUCUCUAAAAGCAGGUGUUAAAAAUCUGAAAGAAAUAUAUAAAAUGAUGGACGAUAUCAAGACAAGCGACAGAAGUAUGAUUUGGAAUUCAGAUCUUGUCGAAACAUUAGAACUGCAGAACUUGAUGAUAUGUGCGAUGCAAACCAUCACAUCUGCUGAAAACAGAAAAGAAUCUCGUGGUGCUCAUGCUAGAGAAGACUUUAAGACGAGAAUAGACGAAUACGAUUACUCUAAACCACUUGAAGGCCAGACGAAGAAGCCAUAUGAGGAACAUUGGCGUAAACAUACCUUAACAGUCAUCGAUCCUAAAACAGGAGAAGUGAAUAUCUCAUACAGGCCUGUCAUCGAUAAAACAUUAGACCCUGAAGAUUGCGCUACUGUUCCUCCUGCUAUAAGAUCUUACUAA